GCAGGAAGAAUUAAUAUCCGAAUUGAUGUUGAGUGUAGGAGAAUGUUAGAUUGAAGAUGGAAGUUUUGAAAGGUAGUUGGAAACCAACGGUCUUUUUUGUGUGUAUAUGUUUGAAGGUGCGGCGCCACCCAAAAUUGAGACGAGUAUUGGAAUUGAUGGAUGUUACAACCACCACACGAGCGCACACAUACUGUUCUAAUCUAGUAAUUAAAGAGAGUGUGAUGAUGAUUCAUAAGUAUAAGACUAUAAGUAACAAAUUCACAGUCGAGUGAUAACAAAAACGAAUAUUGUUCAUCCUCCUACUCGAGAUAAACAUGACUGAGGAACUGGAUAAACCUUUGCUUGAUCCUGACAAUUUCAACCGAGAGGGCAUUGAUUUAGAGCGCAUACCACUAGAACAAGUAUUUGAGCUGUUGAAAACAUCACCAACUGGACUUUCAUCUGAAGACGCUGAUGCCCGACUUCACAUAUUUGGCCCAAACAAACUUCAAGAGAUGAAAGAAAAUAAAAUAUUGAAAUUUCUUAGUUUUAUGUGGAAUCCUCUUUCAUGGGUUAUGGAAGCAGCAGCACUCAUGGCAAUUGUCCUUGCCAAUGGCGGAGGGGAGGGUCCUGAUUGGCAAGACUUUGUAGGGAUUAUAUGCUUAUUGGUAAUAAACUCAACAAUUAGUUUUAUUGAAGAAAAUAAUGCUGGUACUGCUGCAGCAGCAUUAAUGGCUCGCUUAGCUCCUAGAACAAAGGUUCUCAGAGAUGCUCAGUGGCAAGAACAUGAUGCAGCUAUUUUAGUACCUGGAGAUAUAAUCAGCAUAAAGUUGGGAGAUAUCAUUCCAGCUGAUGCUCGCUUGCUCGAAGGAGACCCUCUAAAAAUUGACCAGUCAGCCCUUACUGGAGAAUCCCUACCUGUCACAAAAAAAACUGGUGACGGGGUCUUUUCAGGUUCAACAUGUAAACAUGGAGAGAUUGAAGCUGUAGUGAUAGCAACAGGGGUUCACUCCUUUUUUGGAAAAGCAGCACACUUGGUUGACAGUACCCAAGUUGUCGGACAUUUUCAAAAGGUUCUUACCUCAAUUGGUAACUUUUGCAUUUGCUCUAUAGCUAUAGGGAUGAUUCUUGAAAUAAUUAUAAUGUUCCCAGUAGAGCAUCGAUCAUACAGGGAUGGAAUCAACAACCUUCUUGUUCUCCUGAUCGGAGGAAUUCCCAUAGCCAUGCCAACAGUGUUAUCUGUAACACUUGCCAUUGGAUCUCACCGCCUUUCUCAGCAGGGAGCUAUCACAAAAAGAAUGACAGCAAUUGAAGAAAUGGCAGGCAUGGAUGUCCUAUGCAGUGACAAAACAGGAACUCUUACACUAAACCGCCUGACUGUUGAUCGAAACCUUAUAGAGGUAAUAAACAGCAAUAUGGACAAAGAUAUGAUUGUUCUACUAGCAGCCAGGGCAGCUAGAGUAGAAAACCAAGAUGCCAUUGAUGCUGCCAUAGUUAAUAUGCUAGCUGAUCCAAAGGAGGCACGUGCAAACAUCACUGAAGUUCAUUUUCUACCAUUCAAUCCCGUAGACAAGCGUACAGCAAUAACAUACAUUGAUUCUGAUGGCUACUUUUACAGGGCCAGCAAAGGAGCUCCAGAACAGAUUCUAAAUAUGUGCCAAGAUAAAGACAUGAUUGCCGGAAAAGUGCAUGCAAUCAUAGACAAAUUUGCUGAAAGGGGAUUGAGAUCUCUUGCAGUUGCUUUUCAGGAAGUUCCUGAAAAAUCCAAGGACAGCCCUGGAGGUCCUUGGACAUUUUGUGGUUUAUUGCCUUUGUUUGAUCCACCAAGACAUGAUAGUGCUGAGACCAUACGAAGAGCGCUUAACCUUGGAGUUUGCGUUAAGAUGAUUACAGGAGAUCAGUUGGCUAUUGCAAAGGAGACGGGCAGAAGACUUGGCAUGGGUACAAAUAUGUACCCUUCUUCGUCUUUGUUGGGUCGUGAAAAAGAUGAGAAUGAAGCUCUCCCAGUAGACGAGCUCAUUGAAAAGGCAGAUGGCUUUGCUGGUGUAUUUCCUGAACACAAAUAUGAAAUAGUUAAAAUUUUACAAGAAAAACAACAUGUCGUGGGAAUGACUGGAGAUGGAGUAAAUGAUGCCCCAGCAUUGAAGAAAGCAGAUAUUGGAAUAGCUGUGUCAGAUGCUACAGAUGCUGCAAGAAGUGCUGCUGAUCUAGUCUUAACCGAGCCUGGCUUAAGUGUUAUUAUUAGUGCCGUGUUAACUAGCCGGGCUAUAUUUCAAAGGAUGAAAAAUUAUACAAUAUAUGCAGUCUCCAUCACCAUAAGGAUUGUGCUUGGUUUUGUGCUCCUAGCAUUGAUCUGGGAGUAUGAUUUUCCACCCUUCAUGGUCCUGAUCAUUGCAAUCCUGAAUGAUGGUACUAUCAUGACCAUAUCUAAAGACAGAGUAAAGCCAUCCCCAACACCUGACAGUUGGAAGCUGCCUGAGAUAUUUGCAACAGGAGUUGUGAUCGGCACUUACCUUGCUUUGGUUACUGUCCUCUUCUAUUGGGCAGUAGUUGAGACCACUUUUUUUGAGACCCACUUCCAUUUAACCUCCUUAUCCAGAAACAGUGAGAAAGUUUCGUCGGCUAUAUAUCUGCAAGUUAGCAUCAUUAGCCAGGCUCUAAUUUUUGUUACUCGCAGCCGUGGUUGGUCAUUUCUAGAGCGACCUGGAACUUUGCUGAUGUGUGCCUUUGUAAUAGCUCAACUGGUGGCCACCUUAAUUGCAGUCUACGCACAUAUCAGUUUUGCUAAAAUUCGAGGGAUUGGAUGGGGAUGGGCUGGUGUUAUAUGGUUAUACAGUUUAAUCUUCUAUGUACCCUUGGACAUCAUUAAGUUCAUAGUGAGCUAUGCCUUGAGUGGAGAAGCCUGGAAUCUCCUAUUUGACAGAAAGACUGCCUUUACAGCUAAGAAAGACUAUGGGACAGAAGAUAGGGCAGCAAAGUGGGUUCUUUCUCAGGGAAGUCUGCAAGGACUGAAUCUGAUUGGCUCAGGCUUGGAGGUCAGUGGAAGGCGGUCUUCUCUGAUAGCUGAACAGGCCAGAAGACGUGCUGAAAUAGCCAGGCUGGGGGAGUUGCACACCCUCAGAGGACAUAUAGAAUCUGUUUUGAGACUCAAAAAUUUAGACCUGAAGGCGAUCCAAUCAGCUCAUACAGUCUGAUGCCACCGCGUAAACCUUACAUGGAUCUACUUAAGUGAAUUUAAGAUUGAAGUAAUUGGUCCAUAUGUUCAUUUUUAAAUGAUGCCAAAAGAUAAAGAUUCCACCAUACAGAGCUAUUGAAUUAGUUUUUGGACCAUUGCUAGUAGUAGACUUUACAUUGUUAACUGAAACAGUGAAUGCCACCCUGGGUUCCUUCUCGUGCCUUUUCUUUUUCUUUGGGAGACCAAUAUUUUCAUUUUGGUAAGAGGAUUACUGAUUGAGAUUCAGAAUAAAAAAAAAUCUUCAUGAGAGUCUUGUGUUAUGGAAUAGUAAAGCACCUCUGAGACUAAGAGUACGCAAUAUUUUUUUCUUGGGGAAAUAUAUAUAUAUAUAUAUAUAUAUAUAUGUAAGUGAGCAUAAGGACUGUUCAAUUGUCAUUGUAUUUAAAAUUUGAUACUUCAAUCAUCAGUAAUGUCAUUUAGAGAACGUCACAA